CAUUGAGGGUGAUCAGUGCAAGUUUGCCCUGUGGACUGGUCGUGUGCCACCGGUCAACGACGGCCGCCUCGUCUUCAAGGCUCAGAAUCUCGAAGUCAAACAGACCUGGGUUCGGGCGAUUCGUGAGGCAAUGCGUGAACGUAUGUUCAGCGUGCAGAGUCUGCACCAGGAUCACCUCUCCUCGCGAUCGGGUGAUGCUGCCAGCCUGACGCCAGACACCUUCUACAUCCUCGAGAAUUAUCAGGCCCAGGGACCGCACGAGAUCUCAGUGUCAGCCCACCAGAUUGUACAGUUGCUCCAGCGCACAGACUCUCCCAAACUACCCUCC